AUGUCCGGCCCUUACGACCAAUACAACCAGGGCUACCAGCAGCAGUACCCGCCCCACGGCCAACAGCAGUAUCCACCUCAGCAAGGCUGGGACCAGGGCGGAUAUCAGCAGCCUGGCUACCCACCACAGCAGCAGCAGGGCCAAGGCUAUCACGAUCCGCAACAGGGCUACCAGCAGCAGCAGCAAGGUUACAACCAGCAGUACGGCACACCUGCACACGGCGGUUUCCAGCACGGUCAGCAGGCGCCCUAUGACCAGCAGCAGGGUUAUGGCCAACAACAGCAAUAUCCCCCAUCAGGCCAGUACCCUGGUCAGCAGCCGUCGCACCAAUUUCCCCAGCAAGGCGCCUAUCCCCAGGACCAGUAUCCCCAAGGCCAGAGCCCAUAUGGCCAGCCCCAGCCAGGCCAACACGGCCCAACAGAUCCCAAUGCACAGGCCGAGGGCGAUCGUGGACUGAUGGGCGCUCUCGGUGGUGGCGCUGCCGGCUACUUUGGAGGUAACAAGAUGGGCGGCCACGGCAUUCUCGGUGCCAUAGCAGGCUCCAUCCUUGGCAGCAAACUCGAAGACAAGCACAAGAAAGGAAAGCACGGCAACGGCUACCACUAG